GCAAACUGAGCCCCGGGCUCGCAUUGUCAGCUGACUUUGUAGAUUCACGGAAGUGAGAAUGGAGUUUGUAAGGUUUCCAGUUGAUUUUGCCACAGACCUCACAGAUAAGAAGUUUGAUGGGAUAGUCUUGGUGACAGACUGCAUAGAGAAGCUCCCUGCUUCACUCCAGUCCCUGCUGGCCCCUCUCAAGGAAUACAAACAGGUAGAUGCUGCUGUGCACAGCGAGGUGGUCCUGCUGAAGGUCCCGGGCGUUUCAGGGGACAGAUUGGUGUUUGCUCCGACCGGACCCCUGGACCGCGAUUACGAUGACGUGAGGAGAUUCACCGACGCGGCCGUCGCUGGGAUGAAGAGAGCUCUGAAAUCAGGGAUGCAGAGCCCCCUGCUGGUGUGUCCCCCACACAGCACCUUCAAGGAGAGCACUCUGGUGUCUGUGCUGGGAGCACUGCAUGCUCUAUAUGUGCCGCUGGAGGUGCGUGAGGCUUACCCAGAGAAGUCUCACAAGGUGGAUGUCCUGGGGUUCUGGGUUCCAGGGGAGGAGGAGGGCAUGAUGAUCAAGCGUCUGGCCUACGCGCUGGAGAGCGGCCGGGUGGUGUGUCGGGAUAUCGGCGGCUCAGACCCAGAGAGGAUGGCAGCCCCCCUGGUAGCGCAGUACGUUGAGGAGCUCUUCAACAACACCCCCAUCAAGGUGAGCGUUGUGAGUGACGUCAAGCAGCUGGAGGAGGAGUACCCCUGCCUGGCAGCCGUGAACCGCUGUGCCAACGCUGUGCCUCGUCACCAGGCCAGAGUAAUCAAACUGGAGUACACUGGAGAGGGGCCCAUCGAUCAGACCCUGCUGCUGGUGGGAAAGGGGAUCACCUACGAUACGGGCGGAGCCGACAUUAAGGCCGGGGGGUUUAUGGCUGGAAUGCACCGGGAUAAGUGCGGCUCUGCAGCUGUGGCGGGAUUCUUCCAGGUGCUGGCUGAGCUGAAGCCCAAGAAUCUGAAGGCCAGACGAUGA